AUGGGCGACAACGUGGUGGAGGCGACUGUGAUUGGUGCCCCGACCAUGCUUCAGGCUCCUGGACAAGUUGACGGCAUGAUGAUUUACCAGAAGACCUCGCAAUGCUGCCGUUGCUGUUGCUGCCAGCCGAACAUUGACUGGACGGUGCAUGACUAUGUGGAGAACUGGGGAGCCGACAUGCAGCUUGCCGUGAAGAUGACCAUCACAGAGGACUCCAGCUGGCUUGGUCGCUGCAUGUCCUUCUGUUGGCCGGGCUGGCGCGCCACGAAGUACACGGUGCACAACGGGGAUGAAAAUGGUCCCGAGCUGUUCAGCAUUGAGAAAGGCGCCACUUGUUCCAACUGCCCGGUGGUCUUGUAUGGUGAUGGCGGUCCGGUUCGAUGCCCAU